ACGGAAGAGGGAACGGGGCGUGGCAGGGCUGACUCGCGGGCUGCCUGGGGCUCACUGAACCCGAGAACGCGCGUGUCAGAGUGUGAACGCGUUGUCCUCGGGCCCUGGGGGCUGGGCAUGGGAAAUGGCAACGCGGUGGAGCAGCGAGAACGUAGUGGUGGAGUUCCGCGACUCCCAGGCAACAGCGAUGUCUGUGGACUGUCUGGGGCAGCAUGCGGUGCUCUCUGGCCGCCGAUUCCUAUACAUCGUCAAUCUAGAUGCCCCCUUCGAAGGACACCGAAAGAUCUCGCGCCAGAGCAAGUGGGACAUUGGAGCCGUGCAGUGGAAUCCUCAUGACAGCUUUGCACACUAUUUUGCAGCCUCGAGCAACCAACGAGUCGACCUUUAUAAGUGGAAAGAUGGCAGUGGGGAAGUUGGCACAACCUUACAAGGCCACACUCGCGUCAUCAGUGACUUGGACUGGGCAGUGUUUGAGCCAGAUCUCCUGGUCACCAGCUCUGUGGACACCUACAUCUAUAUUUGGGAUAUCAAGGACACAAGGAAGCCCAGUGUCGCACUGUCUGCUGUAGCGGGUGCCUCACAGGUCAAAUGGAAUAAAAAAAAUGCUAAUUGCCUUGCCACCAGCCAUGAUGGGGAUGUACGGAUUUGGGACAAGCGGAAACCCAGUACAGCAGUGGAAUAUCUAGCAGCCCACCUCUCCAAAAUCCAUGGCCUGGACUGGCACCCAGACAGCGAGCACAUCCUUGCUACCUCCAGUCAAGACAACUCUGUCAAGUUCUGGGAUUACCGCCAGCCUCGGAAAUAUCUCAAUAUUCUCCCUUGCCAGGUGCCUGUCUGGAAAGCCAGAUACACUCCUUUCAGCAAUGGAUUGGUGACAGUGAUGGUGCCCCAGCUGCGGAGGGAGAACAGCCUUCUCUUGUGGAAUGUCUUUGACUUAAACACCCCAGUCCAUACAUUUGUGGGCCAUGAUGACGUGGUGCUGGAGUUCCAGUGGAGGAAGCAGAAGGAAGGGUCCAAGGACUACCAACUGGUUACGUGGUCGCGGGAUCAGACCUUGAGAAUGUGGCGGGUGGAUUCCCAGAUGCAGAGGCUUUGUGCAAAUGACAUAUUAGAUGGUGUUGACGAGUUCAUUGAGAGCAUUUCUCUUCUGCCGGAACCAGAGAAGACCCUUCACACUCAAGAUACAGAUCACCAACACAACUCAAGCCAUGGGGAGGAAGAAGUCUUAAAGGAAGAUCCCCCGAGCAAUCUCCUGGAAGAGAAGAAGUCCGAUCAGCUGGGCCUACCUCAGACCCUGCAGCAAGAGUUCUCCCUGAUCAACGUGCAGAUUCGCAACGUCAACGUGGAGAUGGACGCAGCAGACAGGAGCUGCACGGUAUCCGUGCAUUGCAGCAACCACCGCGUCAAGAUGCUAGUGAAGUUCCCUGCGCAGUACCCGAACCACGCAGCUCCCUCCUUCCAGUUCAUUAACCCCACCACCAUCACGUCCACAAUGAAAGCAAAGCUGCUCAAGAUCCUGAAAGAUACUUCCCUACAAAAAGUGAAACGCAACCAGAGCUGUUUGGAGCCCUGCCUACGCCAGCUCGUCUCCUGCCUUGAGUCUUUUGUGAACCAAGAAGACAGCACUUCCAGCAACCCCUUCGCGCUCCCAAACUCUGUCACGCCACCCCUACCGACGUUUGCCCGGGUGACCACUGCUUAUGGGUCCUACCAGGAUGCCAAUAUUCCCUUCCCCAGGACCUCGGGGGCCAGGUUCUGUGGGGCAGGGUACCUGGUAUAUUUCACACGGCCCAUGACGAUGCACCGAGCAGUGUCUCCCACAGAGCCUACUCCAAGAUCUCUCUCGGCCUUGUCUGCUUAUCACACUGGCUUGAUUGCACCCAUGAAGAUCCGCACAGAGGCCCCAGGGAACCUCCGUUUGUACAGUGGGAGUCCCACGCGCAGUGAGAAGGAGCAGGUCUCCAUCAGCAGCUUCUACUACAAGGAGCGGAAAUCAAGGAGGUGGAAAAGUAAGCGUGAGGGAUCAGACUCUGGCAAUCGACCAAUCAAGGCUGCUGGGAAAGUGAUCAUUCAGGAUAUCGCCUGCCUUCUUCCUGUUCACAAGUCACUGGGAGAACUGUACAUAUUGAAUGUGAAUGACAUUCAAGAAACAUGUCAGAAGAAUGCUACUUCCGCCUUGCUUGUUGGGAGGAAGGAUCUUGUCCAGGUUUGGUCGCUGGCUACGGUAGCUACAGAUCUUUGCCUUGGUCCGAAGUCUGACCCAGAUUUGGAAACACCCUGGGCUCGACAUCCGUUUGGGCGACAGCUGCUGGAGUCCCUGUUGGCUCAUUACUGCCGACUCCGGGAUGUGCAGACUUUGGCCAUGCUCUGCAGUGUGUUUGAAGCCCAGUCUCGGCCUCAGGGGAUACCCAACCCCUUCGGGCCUUUUCCCAGCCGUUCAGCCAACCUCGUGGUGUCCCACAGUCGAUAUCCCAGCUUUACUUCCUCUGGUUCCUGCUCAAGCAUGUCAGACCCAGGGUUCAACACUGGUGGCUGGAACAUAGUGGGAAGAGAGACAGAACAUACGUCUUCACCUUGGGGAGAGUCUUCACCAGAAGAAAUCCGCUUUGGGAGUCUGACCUACAGUGAUCCUCGUGAGGGAGAACGUGACCAGCACGAUAAAAAUAAAAGGCUUCUGGACCCUGCCAAUACCCAGCAAUUCGAUGACUUUAAGAAAUGCUAUGGAGAAAUCCUCUACCGCUGGGGUCUGAGAGAGAAACGAGCUGAAGUGCUGAAGUUUGUCUCCUGUCCCCCUGAUCCUCACAAAGGGAUCGGAAGAAAGUUGAACCAUGAACGGGGAGGCCGAAAACAACACACACGGCAGAACCCUCAGAGGGCUCGGGGCUCAGUGGUACCUGGUACCUCUGGAAGUAACAUGAAGAGUUCGGCGUGUACUGCAGCCACUGCCGGAGUGAGGUCCGGGGCACACAGUGCGCGAUCUGCAAAGGCUUCACCUUUCAGUGCGCCAUCUGCCACGUGGCUGUGAGAGGAUCGUCUAAUUUCUGCCUGACCUGUGGGCACGGGGGACACACCAGCCACAUGAUGGAGUGGUUUCGGACCCAGGAGGUGUGUCCCACUGGGUGUGGGUGCCACUGCCUGCUUGAAAGCACUUUCUGAACUUAAAGCUGUGAAAGUUGUCAGAAAUCCCAGAGGACCCUCGUGCAUGCGGGUGACAAGCUCUCAGCCAGGAGAGAGACUCCAGAACCCACCCCCAAGAGACCAAGAUGUGCUCCCCUCAAAGAUUGACAUAGCACCAGUUGUUCACAAGCCUUUGUCCUCUCUUCUUUGGCUGUUGGUGGUGGGGGUGUCGGUGGAGGAGGAUGUUGGCAGAUAUGCAGAGCUGCACAGACAGGUGGAAGUUUUCUUGGAGAAGAGCCCCUGCCUCCAGAGCUGUGUUUACCUUUUUUUUUCCCCCGAGCAAAAAAGAACCAUUUAUUUCUCUAAACGUCAUUCGUAUUUUGCAAAAGGAGCCUAUGCCGAGGAUGAGCUUACUUUCUGAAGGAUAAUGUGCAAAUCUCAUUAGCCACUGGGCUGUGAUAGUAAAGUGUGGGACACUCAUGAUCACUGGCGACCCAGACACACCUUUUCUGACAUCACAGUAAAGUCAGAGCUGUGCUUACCUUUAAGGUGUUAACCUUAAACCACGAAACAGUGUCCUUUCUGAUGCCAUCACAGAGACCAAAGUCAGAGGCAAAGGACAGUCCCUUGAGCCAGAGGACUAUGGACAUUAAUUUAGUUGACAGAUGGGCCUAUGACAUAAGUUGGUGCAUUUAAUGGACUGUGGCCUUUUAAAAUAUGAAUUAUAAAUAUGUAAUGUACUUGAGGAUCCUUAAGACUUUUUUGUUUGUUUGUUAUUUUUCUUCCAAAUGCUCUCCCUUGGCUAAUAAAAUUCUAGUCAUUGUUUGAAAAAAAAGAGAUGAGGAAGUUGAACAACAUUUUAGUGGAUCUUUUUUUAUUCUACUUCUAACUGAAAUUAACUCUCUGUGAUGGGACCAAAGUCAGUGCUCAAUCAAUUCUUUUAGCAAAAGGAAAAUGAGAUUACUUGCAGCAUUGCUGUGAAAGUCUCCCGUUGCUGCUGUGCAGGUUGGCCUGGUUCCAAUACAUGUCUUUCCUCUUCUCUUGGGCUCUGUCUACCCUUCAGCCUAUGUUUAUCUAUGUUCCAAGUGAUUAUGACUCAGAUGGCCACUGAUUCUUCAGAAUGAUUUUCAGUGUUUCCCAGUUUGUAUGUGCCAGGAAAGAGAAAUCUUUUCAAUAUCGCCUCUGAAAUUGAUACUUGUCUCAUAGAAUUUCACAAUUCCAAAUUAACUGACUUAAGGACUAUAAUUCCGUGUCUCAAAAUAUGGAAGUGUGGUGCAUCACUGUGUUUUAAACUACGGGUUAGGACCCAUUAAUAGAUUGUGAGAUCAAUUUAGUGGAUAAAAACCAGAAUUUUAAAAAAAUGGAUUAGAGUGGAAGAGAGAUAUCAGAACAAACUAGACGUAGUUAGGGUAAACAUUGUCUGGUGUAACUUGUUUACAAGUGUCUGUGCACAUGUGUACAAUGGAUUACAGUGUAAAUUCAUUUCUUACUGAGGGUUGUGGUCAAAACAUUUUGAAAACACUGUUUUGGAUGAUGCUUUGGAUGGGCGCAAAACACUGACAUAAGAAGAGCCUAGAACCUGUGCAGUGAGAGCAGGUGGUUCAACCCUGGGCUCUGAUGAGUGGGCUGAAUAACUCAGUGCAGUGGGUACACUGGGAGGCUGAUAAAGCAUCGGGCCAAGGAAAUCUGAAUUUGUUCACUCUCUCCUCUUCGCUUGUUUGUGUCAACGCUGCUAUAAAGGCACCACAAAAUAGGCUGACUAAUUUACAGUGAGCUGAAGGAUCUGUUGUGUUCCUCAGUGAAAUCACACCAUUUGCCAACAAUGGGCUUUUCCUCUUCCUCCACUGCUGAAGCUAAUGUCAAAAUUUGUCCCUGUCUGUCCCCAUCAAGAAUUACAUGUUUUAUUGUUUUGUUUUUCUUGUUUUUCUUGUUUUAUUGUUAUAGGAGUUUGGUCUUUCUAAAACUGAAAAACCUUAAUAAUGGGUAUUAAGGAAUAAUGCUUAGAACAUUACAUAAUGUCUUCUUUCAGUGUGUGCAUUUUUUAAAAAUUUCUAAGUUAUUGGCUCAAAAUAUUUAAAAAUAUUCCUGUUUGGAAAUAUUUUAGUCUGGAUGGUGGCCGUGGUCAGUAUUCUCUCUGCUUCAGAAUAGAUUAUUACAGGCACCUAAGUCCUUUUCUGUUUGUUUUUAAAAAUAAUACAAGCUAUGUUCUAAAGUACCUUUGAACCUGGCAAGGAAAACAGGACUAGUAGCUUUAUUUGUGCAGCAGAAACAAAAAGUUUCUUAGGGGUCUGCUGGAAAGAAUGGGGGGGCCAGGUGAGCUUCUGGGCCACCAGCUCGAUUUUAUGCCCCUGUCCUCACACCCCCUAAAACACAAAUGGUAUACUGCCAUGUAGGUAGAAUCGAUGCUGCUUUAAUUUUUUUUUAAUUUCCUCUAAUAUAAAAAUACAUUCAGUCUAAAGCUACUGAGCUCACAUGCUGGGAGCUCCUUCCCUUAUUCUGUGAUUCCCUGAGUGGCUGGCAGGAUUUCGGAGAAAGCUGGCUCCUUUUUGGUGGCUUAAAAUGGCAGGAGCUUGAGGGAAAGACAGGAGUCAUUUGUGCUGUCCGAAGACCGGUGCUGUAGCUUCCCUUGUGCUGAAGGGGAGGGGGAGCUGUCAGUGGUCUCUGUGCAGCAGAACAAUUUCUUAGAAGAUUGAUUUUGCCAGCUGUGGGAGAAUCGUUCUGAAAACAGGGUUAUACCAUUUCAUACCUUCCUCAAAGUUGGAACUGACAAUAGAGUCUUAUACACACACUCCAGGGUAGAUCCCAGGGGCUGUGUUUUGAAAGCUAUGCCCAGUGAUAAUGUCAUCUGCUCCUUUUUCUAACAAGUAAAGAAGAUCAUCAGCUUUGAGGAAGACUUGAAUACUUGUCAAGCUGCUUAUAACACAGUCCCUUCUGAGGAAAUCCUGAUAACUUACCUUCAACGUUAAAAAGCAGUUUCUUCUCCAUCUUUGUUGAUAAACUGUUUGGUACUGAUAUUAUUUUGCACUUGGUCUUAAAAGCACUUGAUUGAUUUCCCAGAACAGCCGUGUUAUUUUGGUUGUAAAUGAUAAACGCUAUGAUUUGGUGAAAUUUUGUCAACUACACACCGUGGCACAGGUGCAGAUGGAUAACCAGUCCAGUAAAAUCUGAUUCAGGUGUUUGUUAAUUUCUGCUUCAAAAACAAAAAUGUUUUCAUUGCAAUUGGUGAAACAAUACAUGGAAAUAAAAUUAAAUUAAUAAACAUAAGAUUAAUAAUCUUC